CGUGAGCAAACCCGACAAUUUUGGCGUCAAUUGCCAUAUCCUGCAACUCCCUUUUCUCUCUCUCUCUCUCUCUGCCUGAUUCUUGUUUCUUUCAAUUCAAUUCAAAUUCUCACGGCUUUUGUUUCUCUUUCACCUAAUAGACACUCUUCGUCAUCCACUAUCUGCACAACUGCACUCACAGUUACUUUCGUCAUAUUCCAGGUCCCCCACAUUCAUGUUUGUGGUCCUAUUUUUUUCUAUAAUUUCUUUGAUUUAACUUUUAUAUUUUUAUGUCUGUUUCCACCAACAAUCAACCCAGUUCUGUUGAUGGCGAGGGCGGUGGGGGAAGCGGCGGCGAAGAUGAUGCCGUUGGUGGUAGUCGGUGUAAAGAGACGGAUGAUUCAGAAGGAGAAGGUGAUAACAAUAAGGAUUGGAGAAAGAAUAAGGGGAAAAGGGUGACUUGUUUUCGGUUUAGAAAGGUUAAAAGUACGUUGUUGAGGAGGAAAAGAAAAGGGGUUUCUGGAAAUUCGGAGGGAAGAAGGGAAGGAAGUGGCGGAGGAAGAGGGUGUUACUUGUGCUUGAAGAGGCCGCUUACUUCGGAUUCAGGUGGUGAGUCGCAAACGAGCGAUCCUAAUAGCCCCAAUUUUACUUAUGAGAUGCUAAGGGUUUUGAUUGAGAAGAAUGAUUUUUAUUCUAAUGAAUGCAAUCCCCAUUUAGAUGUAGAAUCUAAGCCCCGCUAUAAUCAAGAUGAUAAAGAUAAAUGAAUUGUGAUUAAAUGAAAAGGAGAAUUUUUGGAUGAUAAUACGAUUUGAUUCCUUGUGCUGCAUUCUGGGUGAGUGUAGAACUCAGUGGCUUUGAAAUGCCAAUAUUUUGUGCAAUCGAGUGAGAAUAAUUAAUCAUGGCCUAGUAGUUCUUGGUUUGUAUUGAGUCAUUGAGCAGUCAAAACACUGUAUUUGAACUCCGAGGCUCAAGGGGGUGAAAUAAUUCGGUACUUUUAGUUUGUUAUUGUGUCUGGUGUAUGAUUCUCUAUUUGGAGAGUUGAAAAUCAUUUCUAUCAGAUUGAGAGCAUAGCUAUUAGAAAUUUGGAAUAGCAAUCCGAAGGAAAGUUACGUUUCUGGGUAAUUGAUUUUGACUUUGGGAGAAUUUUCCUAUGUGGAAUAGAAAUUUUCAGAAAGUGGGACGUGUUGGAUUUAUAUUUGAAAAAGAUCGAGGCGAAGCCAGAGAAACUGUCCAUCCAAUUGCUAGUGGUGGAUGGCAACUCGAGCACGAGGUAUAGAACUUGUUUCAAUGAAACUAUUCUUUAUGCAAAUGAAUCAGAUUUUGCGGUGAUCACCUCUUGUAGCAACCAUAAUCUUGUAAUUCUACUUCAAUAGUGUUCAGCAUUUAGUUCUUAGAGCCAUAAUUUGUAAAGAAGUACCGGCCACAGUUCACAUUGUAUAUGUAGGUGGAAAUAUUGCAUAUCUAUGAAUCAUGUAAUUACUUUUGAUGUAAAGCUUUACUUUGAGAAA